AUGCUUCGUCUAGUUGUCCUUUUUAGCCUAGUAGCUGCUCCGCUGUCCCUAGCCGUGCAAUUUCUUCUAUGUAAAGUCACGAUUUUGGCUGCGUGUAGACCAUCAAAUUCGACGAGGACGUCAUCGUCAGGCUCUGGCGGCUAUAGCAAUUCUUCUGUCAGAGUUGGAGCUUCUCGUGGAAAGCGCGAAAUCGACCAAGCAAAUGUUGUUGUCGAGACCAAAUUAAAAUUCAAUCCGGAAUUGAAUUCAUUCUUCAUAGAUGCGUUCAGAGAAGCGGUUGAACAGCAUGCGAGUGCAACCGGAGUUAAGUACAGCGAUGCCGUUGUUCAGGAAAGAAUUCAUCAAAUUGGUGAUAAACUCGCUAUGGAAUACUUUGUCCACGGUGUUGACUGUGAACAGCUUGGCAAGUUCAUUUCGGCAGGAAAAUUGAUAACGGAGCAUCUUAUUGGAAACGUUACCGCAAUGUGCAACGGUACACCGAUGGUUUUAUAA